ACAAUUAAUUUGGUGUCUUUGUAGUAUUUGAACUGAAGAAAGAAAGAGUAAAAAAAAAAAAAGAAAAAGAAAAAGAAAGAAAGAGUCGGAAAGGGGAAGGAGAAGGGGUGAGACAGAAAGGGAACAGGCGGAGUGAAAAUGCAGACAGUGAAAACCCUGGUACGCCAUUGGCGAUUGAGUCAUAGUUACAGUGCCAAAAUGAAUAAAAAAGCAUCAGUGUUGGUGGAACGAACCCUAGUGACGACGGCACGAUUCGGCAAUUCAUCAUCAUCAUCAUCGACAUGGAUGGGGUUGUGCAAAUCGCCGUGGUCUGUGUAUCAGCGUCGAGGUGUGAAAGUGGCCGGGUCCGAGGUGAGAACGGGGAACAUUGUCCAAAGAAAAGGCCGCAUUUACCAGGUUAUUAAAGCACAACACACUCAGCAUGGUAGAGGAGGGGCCUCCAUUCAGGUUGAGCUUCGCGAUGUCGAUACUGGUAACAAAGUUACUGAAAGAUUUCGUACCGAUGAAUCCCUUGAAAGGGUAUAUGUUGAAGAGAAGACUUUCCAAUAUUUGUACUCUGAGGGAGAUAUGGUAGUCUUGACAGACCCCGAAACAUUUGAACAGCUGGAAGUGCCAAAAGAAUUGUUUGGAAAAAAUGCUGUCUACCUCAAAGAGGAUAUGACAGUUAGAGUGCAGUAUUAUGACGGGAGACCGAUGUCUACAACAGUACCUUAUCGUGUUACAUGCACUGUUGUUGAAGCACAAGCUCCUAUGAAGGGCCUCUCCGUGAAUCCUCAGUACAAAAAGGUUUUACUGGAUAAUGGCCUAACUGUUCUUGCUCCUCCAUUCAUUGUGACUGGCGAUGCAAUCGUCGUGAAUACAGCUGAUGAUUCUUAUAUUACAAGGGCAAAGUAGGAAUGUGUACAUUCUGAAAUUCAGCAUACAACAUCUUACUAUGAAGAUAUUCGUCGUGAAGAUUUUAAGAUGUUCUAUUGUGACAAAAUGUUACUCCGUAACAUGAUAUAGAUGAGCUUGAAUAAUCUGCGUAUCUACAGUGGAAUUUUUUUGCUUUUCCAUGUAAAUUGUCUUUUUUUUUUUCCUUCUGCUUAUUGGUUGAAGGAUUUUGCUGUUAUAUUAGCAUUAAUAUUGGCUUCUUGUUUCCGAGUGAUUUGUUUGAUAACUGUACGGAUUUGUUUAUUAACUUGGGCGAUUUAGAAUAAUCAAUCCAAUUUCAGAAUAUUUCUAGGCACCUUGUA